AUGGUGCCGGCGAGGAAUUUUUUGGACGGGGCGAACGCGCGCGAGGUCGAGCUCGACCGCGUCGUCGCGCGGGCGCCGGACGCGGACAGGACGCCGGCGAGCGCGGCGGCGUUGCAGCCGUUGAGCGGAUACGACGUCGGGGAGGUGCCGUUCGUGAUGCAGGCGGUGUGCUAUUACGAGAAGACGCUGGACGUGGGGACGCUCGAGCGAGGGCUGCGCGCGGCGCUGGGCAAAUAUCCGAUGCUCGCGGGGAGGUUGGAUUUAGAGACGAAGGGAUGGUGGAAUAAAGGCGUGCGUUUGACGAACGACGGCGUGCCGUUGCGCGUGGUGAGAGACGAUGAUCAGAAGUUCGAGGAUUUGCCGCGGGAUUACGCGGACGCGACGCGGCGGUUUUUGGAUUUCGCGCCUUGGAUAGAUUUGAUGCUGGGAGACGCGCCCGUGUUCACGGCCAAGGUGACGCAGUGCGCGGGCGGGGGGAGCGUGUUGGGGGUGUGCAUGUCGCACGCGGUGAGCGAUGGACAAGGAUUUAUUGAAUUUUUAGUGACGUGGGCGAAGGCGGCGAACAACGAGGCGCAUCCGUGGGGGGAUCCCGUGUUCGAUCGUUCGCUCGUGGCGCAGCCGGAGGCGGAUAUGUCCGUCGAGGACAUGCGAGCGAUGCUUUCGGAGGAGGGGUUCGAUAACAUCAACUCUGGGGCGAUGCUGGCGAAUGCGCUGUUCGCCGGACGCACGCUCGUCCCGGACUUUUUGCGUUUUCCCGCGGGGAAUCGGAUGAUGGUGAGCAUUAAGGAAGAAAACAUGCGCGCCCUGCGCGAGGCAUCGGGAGCGACAAACGACAACGAAGCGUUGAGCGCGCAUUCGUGGCUGGCUUUGGCCGAUCUGUGCGAUCUUCCGAAAGGCGCGCCGUUAGAGCACGUCACCGUCGUGAGUGGUCGAGGCGGACGCACGGGUCUGCCGGACAUGUACUUUGGCAACGCCGCCAUCGGCGUCGUCACGGGUCGCGUCAGCGUGGGCGACUACUCGACGCUAGCCCAAGUUCGCGACGGUCUGCGACCUGGAUUCACAAAGGCUAUGAUGCGACGGAAUAAAUACUUAAUGCUCACGGAAGCCGCGUUUCGCGCGGGUGUGAACGGAUUCGACUUCGACAUCAUGGCGUUCAUGCAGGGUCAAAUGGUGUGGUGCAACAAUUUGGUUGAAAUUUACAAAAAGUUGUACGACUUGGAUUUCGGCACGGGCGGUCCGACCCUGGCGCUACCUCCGGAGCUGAAUGAUAUCGUGCAAAUCCAGUGUUCACGACCGGAUCGCGCGACUGGGGCCCCCGCAGGGGCGAACGGGGUGGAGAUGUUCAUCAAUCUUCCUCCUGCGGUGAUGCGCAAAUUGCGAGAGCCCGACUCCGUCGCGCGUUUAGCGGGUCAGACGGGCGUUAGAUAG